CUGCAGUCGCGGACUCGCGGUUGUCUAAUUUCCCAGCAGGCAUGUACGUACGUCGUCUGCGGUCUAUUCGGCUGCUAGCGCACGAGGCAGCAACGCUUUCUACUUCUUCCCGCGAACGAUGUGACUCUGCCGCUCAAACUUCUUUCUCUCACACGCGCAUCUUCCUCUGCUCUUCCCCACUAUGUCGCUCAGUCGGAUCGAGGAAAAAUGGAGUGCAUCCAGCAUCCAGUCGACUUUGCAGCUGAUCGUGCCGUCGCAGACUGUGGGGGGCACCUACUACACCCCUGCUUGUGGCCUGGGCUGGCGAUUUCACUGCUCCGUUCAGGCGGUAGAGUUUGGCAUCCCUCCACUGGCGAGCGAUGUUCCCGACCGACAAAUGCCCUGGCGUCGCGUCACGAUAUUUUUUGAGCCCUUUUUUCUCCAAUCAGCGACAUUCGGGCGUUUGUCAAUCACAGCAACCUCUGACAAGUUAUCGUCUCCGCUCACGGACCAAGGCACCAAUAACGGGGGAGUCAACGUCAUGGAUCUUCCCUCCGGUAGCAACCUGAUGAUAGGAAACUACAUGCUCGAGGAUGAAGACUAUCCCCCCUUGUCCAUUGUAGUCAACGUCGAACUUCCAUCCGCUGCGGCACUGGAGCUUCCCAGCUCAGGGAAUGCAUCCGGCAACUCGGCGCUCAGUGCGCUGAUCCGCGGCGAGGAGCAAAUCGACUUCAUGCUCCUCGCCUACUCCCGCGUUCAAUCUGAGAACGACGAGCGAGUCGCUACCGGCAUACACCCGCUCUUCGCGAAGCUGUCCGUGCUCAAAGGGUGCUCGGAGAGACUCGACGACUAUUUGGACGCCUGCUCGUCGUCCUCCGCGUUCUCCGAGUCGCAGAAAGUGGAUCUGGAUCUAUUCGAGCCGUCUGCAAAGGACGAGCAGUUCUCGGACUACGACUAUAUGUCUGACAGUGACCUGGACGAUGAUGGCGCCGUUUUAGUUCCCACUCCCGUCAUGAUCGAAAGCACGACUUCAGGGUCAGCCUCAGCUGCGGAGCUUCAACGGGAGACAACCUUGCCAUCUGCUGACCGAAGCUCGGACGAUGCCGUCGCGACCACGGUGCCAGCCUGCAAACGCGAACGUAAGUUGGCGACCUCCUCUCGCGGCCGAAUGGGUCAUGUGCUCGUGGAUAAAAGUCAUGCAUCUCUCACUUGGAACGCGCUGUUCUAUUACCUAUACACGGGAGACAUCUCGUUUCGCCGACUCGGAGAGAAAAUUGGGACGGACUCAGACAUUCCCCGCUGCUCGGCAAAGUCCAUGUACAAGCUUGCGGACAAGUUCGAUUUAGCCGAUUUGAAGACCCGGUCUAUGAACUUCAUAAAAGGCCAGCUGUCACCCGAAAACAUCGUUCACGAGGCGUUCUCCACUUUUACAUCGCUAUUUGAGGAGAUCCAAGCGAUUGAGGUACAGUAUUUGAUGACUCAGCUGAAGAAACCUGGGGUCAGCGAGCGAAUGGCCGACAUGAUAGAUAUGGUCAAUAACGGCGAACGCAGAGGGACAGUCUUGAAGCUGUUCAUUGAGGAGAUAAAGAAGAAACUGUAGAGUCAUUCACCGAGGCUAUCCUUGAAAUGUUUUAAUUUGAAACUAAAAAUUGGCUUUGUGGGUUGCACCCGA